UUUUUGCAAAACUUGCCAUCAGCGAGGCACACUUCCGCUUUAACGACGUCACAUCCGCAGGGAGGUCUACAUCCAAAAUGGCUGCUCCAGCAGGCGCCUCCGCUGCUCCGGGUAGCACCAGGGAUGAAGCGUUUCAGACGUUUUAUACAGAGGUGAAGCAAAUUGAAAAGCGUGACUCUGUACUGACAUCCAAACAGCAGAUAGAUCGAUUGUUGCGGCCCGGCUCGACGUAUUUCAACCUCAACCCUUUUGAGGUUCUACAGAUUGACCCAGAAGCCACAGAUGAAGAGCUGAAGAAGAGAUUUCGCCAGUUGUCUAUUUUGGUCCAUCCGGAUAAAAACCAGGAUGACGCAGACAGAGCACAGCAGGCCUUCGAAGCGGUUGACAAGGCGUACAAGCUGCUCCUGGAUCCCGAGCAGAAGAAAAGGGCCGUGGACGUGAUUCAUGCGGGAAAAGAAUACAUCGAGCACAACAUGAAUCAGAAGAGGAAGCAGCUAAAGAAAGACGGCAAGCCUACAGUGAUCGAAGAGGAUGACCCGGAAGUGUUCCGGCAGGCCGUGUAUAAACAGACCAUGAAGCUGUUCGCUGAGCUGGAGAUCAAGAGGAAGGAGAGAGAAGCCAAGGAAAUGCAUGAGAGAAAAAGGCAAAGAGAAGAGGAGAUUGAAACACAGGAGAAGGCUAAGAGAGAGAAAGAGUGGCAGAAAAACUUUGAGGAAUCCAGGGAUGGACGCGUGGACAGCUGGAGAAACUUCCAAGCCAAAGGUAAAAGCAAGGAGAAGAAGAACAGAACGUUCCUCAAGCCUCCCAAGGUCAAAAUGGAGCAAAGAGAUUAAUAAUCAUGUGAAGAAAGAAAGAAAUAAAAUAAAAAGAUAAAAAAAAAAAAAAACAGAGACGUGGAAGUCCAACCAUCUGCAUCUACUCUUAUGGGUUUCCUCUUCAGGCCUGUGUGUGUGAGAGGGUGUGUGUGUGUGUGUGUGUGUGUGUGUGUGUGUGUGUGUGUGUGUGUGUGUUUAGGAAUGUGACACUCUCAGUCCAGCUGAGGGCGCUGUGGAACAGCACAUGUAUCUCUCCCAACCCCGUGUAGUCUUUCUCCCCAUCUGCUAGGGGGAAAGGUCUCGUCCUGUGGCUGGAUGGAUGCUUGUCACUAUUUAAAUACUGGUUUGUCACAGCAGAUUGAUCCGUCAUCAGAGUAGUUUCUACAAGAGCAAAAAGGCUUUUCUUUCUUUUCCUUUUUAAAUACUUUGUACAUAUUUGUGAGUUUGAUGUCUAUUGUGCACAUGAGGCAAAAUAAAUGCUUUCUUUAGGUCCUUUCUUUUUUUUUUUCUUUUUUCUUUUUUUUUUACCCUGUCUCCCAGAAUAAAACAUGUUUGUAGCCUACAUUAAAAUUCAACAAUUGCUUUGUUGGGGUUUUUUUCUUUUUUUUUUUAGUCUCACUUUCUUCUGUUCUAAUAGAAUUUUGAAACUUUUACCUCACUAAAACAAGUCAGUAUUCAUGAAGCGUUUUGCCAUUAAUUAUCUUUCCUCAAAAAAACAAAACAAAAACUUUGUAUGGUAAACUGCUAAGUAGGGGUGUAUCGGUGCAUCGCAAUGCAAUAAAGCGCAAUGUGGAAAACUGCGA